AUGUUUGGGAAGCUGUGCCUCUUUUGUUGCGUCAUCCCUCUGGUGGUAACUGCUGUUGCCAUGCUUGGAAUGGUUCUUUGGCUGCGUAAGGAGAUGAACAAAAUGGAUUUGGGACUGGAGUACACGGUGUCCGACGGCGUGCUGAACACGUUUUCCAUGACGCCCAACAAGACCCUCGAUUACGAUCUAGCCUUGACUAUAACUGUUGAGAAUAAGUUGAGAGCUAAUACUAAAAUAAAGUGGGAAGAGUUUGAAACUACUCCUGUUUACAAGGAUGUGGAAUUGGGUAAGGUUGAUUUGGCCCCGUUUGAGAUAAUUAAGGUCGACAAGAAGGAACUCAAACCAUCGUACAAGGGGAUGAAACAGAUGUCUGGUAAUGUUGACGCUUCAAAGGUGAAGAACCUUAAGUUUGUCGAUAUUGUUUUAAAGCUUGAGGCCAAGAGAAAGGGCGAUACUGUUUGGAGUUUCAAGGUUAAAAACAAACUCAAAUAUGAGUGCAAGUUGAAGGUUCCUACAAAAUCGGGUGGUGAAAAAUUCGAAAGUACCAAGUGUGAGAGAAAGAAAUAG